AUGACAUCAACGAAAUUGGUAUUCUUACUGGUUGGAUUUAUUCUGUGUGCUAUACCAUUAAGCAUUUUUGUAACACUUUGGAUCAAUUCGAGCGCAUCAUCGGCUACAACUUCAACUGCAUCAGCGACUGACACGACAACUACAUUGCCAACGCAAUGUUAUGCUUACACGACUAUCAACGAUGCAUAUCGAAAUUAUGUCAAUGGUUAUGGUUGUUGCUAUACACCAUUUGAUACCAUCUCAUAUAUAGCUUCCGGUUGGUAUCGUAUUACAGGAUCUGCAGGUUCAAAACUUCUCACGACUGCUGUCACAACCACGAGUAUUUGUGGUGCCAGCUAUCCUGGUUAUUUUAAUGGAACAUUACCAGCCACAGCUGGUACAUCAGUAUCAGGAACUGUUUGCUUUUACACAGGAGCUGUAUGCGCUUAUUCAUUAGCACCGAUUGUGGCGACUAACUGCAAUAGUUAUUAUGUUUUUUAUUUAAUAGCAACAAGCAGCACAAGCUACAAAUACUGUACAACAACCUAA